AUGAAUAAUAAAAAAGGCCACUCUCGUUUGGCACUUUAUUUAUCUCGUUCAUUAACAACUCCACUACAUGGACCAGAAGCUAUUGAAUGUAUUCGUCAUUUAUCAUUAAGUGAUCUAUUUUCGAAUAAUAUUAUUCAAUUAUGUCAUAUAAUAAAACAUUUAAUUAAUGAUUCAUCACGUUUAUUAGCUUCACUUCGUAAUGCAUUUUAUCCUGAAUUAAAUAUAAGUGAAUUAUUAUUAAUGACAUCAGCUGAUCCAAAUUCAUUAGUUAAUUCAAUUCAUAUGCCACUUUUAUGUAUUGCAUCACGCAAUGGUUAUACAUCAUUUGUUGAAUUACUUUUAAAAUAUCAUGCAAAUGUUAAUUUAGCAACAAAAGAUAAUGAAAAUAAAACAGCUGUAAUGCUUGCAGCUGAAUAUGGACAUGAACAUGUUGUUAAAUUAUUAAUUGAUUAUAAUGCUGAUAUCACAUUGAAAGAUAAAUACCAGCUAACAGCUGUUGCUUAUGCAACAAAACAUGUAUCUAUUUUGAAACUACUCAAUUGUGCAGAUGGAUCUAUAAAACAACAAGCAUUUGUUUAUGCUGCAUCAAAUGGUUCAUUGGAUGCUCUUGAAUUUAUGUUAACUGAUAAUAAUUAUUCAACAAUUGAUAUAAACGGUAUAGAUUAUAUACAUGGUGAAACAGCUUUAACAAAUGCAGCAAGUCAUGGUCAUAUGAAUGUAAUUGAUUAUUUAAUAACAAAUCAUCAAGCAGAUAUCGAUCGAACAAAUUCUCGUCAAAUGACACCAUUAUUAUUAGCAGUUAAAAAUGGUAUGUGGUCAUGUGUAGAAUAUUUACUUGAUCAUCAAGCAUCAAUUGAACAUUGCGAUAAACAAAAACGAACAUGUUUAAUAAUUGCAGCUAGUGAAGGUCAUCUAGCUGUUAUUGAUAGUUUAUUAGAAAAAGGUGCUAACGUUCAUCAUGAAGAUGAAGAAGGACUUACAGCUUUAUCAUGGGCUUGUUUAAAAGGUCAUUAUCAUGCAUGUGAAGCUCUAUUAGCUCAUGGAAGUGAUAUUAAUCAUGAAGAUAUAAAUGGUCGAAUACCAAUUGAUAUGGCAUCAUUUUAUGGUGAUGUACAACUUGUACAAUUACUUAUUGAUCAUAGUUCAAUUGUUGAUCAUAUUGAUAAAAAUGGAAUGCGUGCACUUGAUCGUGCUAUUGGAUGUCGAAAUGUUGCUGUUGUUAAUUGUUUAUUAAAGAAAAGUGUUAAACUUGGUCCAUCAACAUGGGCAUUAGCAGCAGGAAAAAAUGAUAUGAUGACAAUUUUAAUAUCAAAAUUAAUUGAUGAUGGUAUUUCACUUUAUAAAAAAAAUCAAUAUAAAGAUGCUGCUUAUCGUUUUGCAUAUGCAUUAAAAAAACUACCAAUAGAUAAUGAUCAACAAACAACUGAUCAAUUUAUAACUAAUUUUCGAUUUAUGAAAUAUAAUUGUUUAAUUAAUUUAGCUAAAUGUAAACGAAAAUUAGAUUCUUAUGAAGCUGCUAUUGAUUAUUGUACACAAGCACUUUAUAUUCAUAAUACAGCUGAUGGUCUUCUACUUCGAUCAAGAAUUAAACGUGAUCAAAAAUUAUAUGAUGAUGCAUUGACUGAUUUACUUGCAGCAAAAAAUCUUGAUCCAACAAAUAAUGAUUUAGAUCGAUAUAUCAAUCGUUUAAAUGCUGAUCUUCAACAUUGUCAUGAAACACUUCUAUAA